AUGAGAAGGUCUUUUCGCUCAUCCUCCGAGCAAUUUGACGCGCCGCGCAUUGCCAACACUUUGCGCUUCCUCGAACGGGCUACGGCCGCCGCCAACAUGGAACACAAAAUUGUGAAAAACAUCCUGAUCACUCGAUAUUGGGAAACUACCCCGAUUGGCAAGGACUCUCGCAUGCUGCGGAGCUUGGGACUCUUCAAGGGGGAGGUGGUCCUCCGCCAAAGUGCUUAUGAGCAUUUCAAUUUGACCCUCGAACGAUUGAAUGAGAGCCUGGGAACUUGUCUAAGAUGA